GAUCCUAAAAUCCCAAAAUAAAUUUGUCUCCUGAACCCUAACCCUAAUUUUGCAUUUCUGUAUUUGCAAUACAAUUGAAUCCUAUUGCGUUUUCAAUACCAAUGGCCAGCGACUCAGGUGAGCCCACGAGUCGCAAUCACCGUCGCUCAGUUUCUCCCGAAGACUCGGAGGAGCCUUCCAAACGUCGAAAGCACCAUCGCCACCAUCGCCACCAUCGCCACCGCCACCGUAGCAAGAAAGAGACAGAGGAAAUAUCCAAGAAAGCAGACGAGGAAUGGGAAGAAGGAGGAAUUGAUGAAAUUCACGUUGAAGAAAGAAAAUUGGAAGGUGUUGUAAUGAAAAAUGGAGAUGAGGGUGCGUUGGGUGAGGUUUUGGUGUCGACUGGGGCGGGAUUUGUGGAUGUGGAUUAUGAUAUGGAGGAAGGAGAGAUUGUGGAGGACGAGGGUUUAAAUGACAAUGGUGAUGGAAAUUUUGGGAAGCAAAAGAAGUUGGAUUCUGAUGUGGAGUCGGGGGAAAUUGAGUCUGACAGACACGACAAUACUAACAUGGAAAUUAGAGAAGAGAAUAUCUACAUAGUCAGUAAGAAUUUAAGGAAAUUUGGAGAUGCCAAAAGAGGUGAUGAUAUGGAUUGGGAGAGAACAAACUAUGCUGAGGUUCUUUCCAAUGGGAAUCAUGUACAUAAAUAUCACAGUGAUCGCACUAGGAAUCACAACAUAGAUGCCUCUCCUGUUGAAGGCAGUGACAAGAGGAUAAGCGACUAUGAUUAUGAAACUCAGGGUGGUUUUCAAGGUAAAUCUCUAUCAUCUGAUAAGAGGCACAGAGUUGUUUCACACCUCCCCUCUUGUGACAAAUACGGGAAAGAGAAUUCUAGUAGGAAUGUAUCCAAGUCACCUGAUUGGUCUAGCAGAAGGUCUCGGUCUAGAAGCAUUUUUCAAGAGGCUUCUGUUGUCAGUACAAUGCAUAAGCAGGAAGACUCAUCUUCUUCAGAGAGAGGACACGGGAGCGGUUCAUAUAAUAAAAGGAUUAUUGCACACAACAGAGACUACAUACAGAGUAGUAGAGAUGUUGUAAGGGAUACAGAAAGGGAGCGUAGUUGUAGCAUUUACUCCGAUCGAAUGGAAAGGCAUCCCAGCAGGGAAACAUAUGAUAAAUAUAGGGAGGGCAGCAGGGAUAGAACCAGAGAGAAAGAUGGGGAGAGGGAAAGAAGAAGGGAAAGGGAAAGGGAAAGAGAAAGAGAAAGAGAAAUGGCCAGACAUCGAGAUAGAGAUAGGGAGAGGGACAAGGGAAGAGAGAGGGGCAAGGAAAAGGAGAGGGAAACGGGAAGGGGAAGGGAGAGGGAGAGGGACAAGGGAAGAGAGAGGGACAGAUUAGGAGAGGACAGGGACAGGGACAGGGACAGGGACAGGGACAGGGACAGGGACAGAGCUAGAGAUGGGGUUAGAGAGAGCAGGGAAGUUAGAGGAAGAGACAGAGAGAGAGUCAGAGACAGGGAGAAUGAGACUGAUAGCAGGCGCCAUAAAUACAAUUCUAUUGAGGAUGGUUACGGAGACGGAGGUAGUUAUAAUGAUUCUAGGCAUAGAAUAAAUUCUGAAAAUGAUCACAGAGAAAGAUCAAGGAAAAUGGACUCCAAAAAUGUCAGCUCUAAAAGUAAUCUUGCUGAAAGGAUUGCUGAGAAUAUUAAAAGAGAAGAAGAUGAACAAGAUGACUAUCAAGAAAGGAUUGCAAUGCAACUGGAAGAACAGGAAGAAGAUCUUGAGAGAAUAAGGGAGGAAAGUAGAAGGCGUAAGCAAGCUAUUCUUGAAAAGUACAAAAAUAAACAGUCACAACAGCAAAUUGGAACUCAAUCACAAGAUAUGGUUAAGGAACAAGUUGGCCAAUCUUCUGAUCAAGUGGCAGCUACUGAUAUGGUCGAAAAUGUUGAUGGUCAGGCAGAAGGUGCUGAUGUUUACGUUGCCGACCCAUCAUUUUCUGUUGGGAAAUCCCCUUCACAAAAUGGCCUUUCUGCUUUGGAGAGGCCCACUGGAACUGGUGGACUAGGGGAGGGUACUCCAAAGAGUGAGAGAUCUGAUGAUAUGUUUUGUGAUGAUAUAUUUGGAGAAUCCCCUGCUGGCGUCCGCAAAACGGGUAAAGGCGAAGGUUUAGCUGUUGAAAAGAGUGGACUUCAUGACAACUGGGAUGAUUCGGAAGGGUACUAUGGCUACCGUUUUGGAGAAACACUUGAUGGCCGAUAUGAAAUUAUUGCGGCCCAUGGGAAAGGCGUCUUCUCAACUGUAGUUCGUGCAAAGGAUCUUAAGGCUAAACCAGGUGACCCUGAAGAAGUAGCAAUAAAAAUCAUACGUAGUAAUGAAACAAUGUAUAAGGCAGGUAUGGAAGAGUUGGUCAUUCUAAAAAAGUUAGUUGGUGCUGACCCUGAAGACAAGCGGCAUUGUGUCCGUUUUCUUUCUCACUUCAAGUAUCGGAAUCAUUUAUGUUUAGUUUUUGAAUCUCUUCAUAUGAAUUUAAGGGAAGUUCUCAAGAAAUUUGGUCGUAAUAUUGGUUUGAAGCUUACUGCUGUGAGGGCAUAUGCAAAGCAACUCUUCAUUGCGCUGAAACAUUUAAAAAAUUGUGGCAUUCUUCAUUGUGAUAUUAAACCAGAUAACAUGCUGGUGAAUGAGUCAAAAAAUGUAUUGAAGCUUUGUGACUUCGGUAAUGCCAUGUUUGCUGGUAAAAAUGAAAUUACUCCAUACCUUGUGAGCCGUUUUUAUCGUGCCCCUGAGAUAAUUCUAGGUCUUCCUUAUGACCAUCCCAUGGAUAUUUGGUCAGUUGGUUGCUGUCUGUUCGAGCUUUAUGCUGGAAAGGUUCUCUUUCCCGGGUCUACCAACAAUGACAUGCUUCGCCUUCACAUGGAAUUGAAAGGUCCCUUCCAAAAAAAGAUGCUUCGAAAGGGAGCUUUCACAGACCGGCAUUUCGACCAAGAUUUAAAUUUUCUUGCCGCAGAGGAAGACCCUGUCACAAAGAAGGCAAUAAGAAGGCUGAUCCUUAAUAUCAAGCCUAAAGAUUUUAGUACAUUAAUUUCGGGAUCUCCUGGGGAGGAUCCAAAAAUGUUAGCUAAUUUUAAAGAUCUUCUGGAAAGAAUUUUUGUGUUAGAUCCAGACAAGAGGUUAAAUGUAUCACAAGCCUUGAGCCAUCCAUUCAUCACGGGCAAGUGAAAAUGAUGCUGAUUUUCUGUCUACAGAAAUGCUGUUGCAUUAGAUAAACAUUUUGAUAUGAUCUCAAUUUAUACUCAAUUAUCUAAUGAUUGGGUAUUUAUCCAUCUUUAUCUUCUCUGUGCUGGAGCAAGAGUUCAGGACACGGUGGUUGGCAUGGUUGAAAUCCUCAGAGAAGAUGUUGGGAGAAACCUGCUACUGGCAGUACUUUCAGUGGAUUGUUUUCUGUUUCUAUCGAUAUCUACCUGUGCUACGAGGAAACCAUUCAGUGGUUUAUAUGCUUAAAAGGCACUCUGAAGAAGGUACCUUGGUUCUGCUUGGUUGUGUUUAUACGUGACACCCUUGAUAGUAAAUAGCUCAUGUCUUGACCUCUUCUAGCUACAGCACAUGGCCGGUCUUUUAUCAGAGUGGAUUUUUAUGAUCACGCGUCCUGAGUUUGUGUGCUGGUGGUUCAUAAUUUAUAGUCUUUUAUGUGGACACCAUGAAUGCUUGCUGUUAUUUUCAAACUUGUCUUAGACCCCCGAUACUGUUAUUUGCCGUGAAUGCUGCCUACAUAUAUAUUUAUUUAUUUAUUUUUUCCCUUUUUGCGUCAUUUUACCCUUGUAUAUUGUCCAGAACGCGCAAAGAAUACAUGAUUGCACAUGCUCAAUUUUUCUUUUGCGAUUUAGGUUUCACCAUCGUUGUGAUGUUUUUAUUUGGACACAUAAUAGUUGGUUCUAUCUUAGUUGUAUGCAUCUAAUGAAGUUGCACUGCGUCUGAUCCAUGUUUGGUUAUGCUGGAGGAUUGUUUGCUCUGGAGGUGUUCAGAUGCUGCUUGGAAGUGAGGAAUUGCUUCUGGUUCGCUCUUGCUCAUCUGCAACUCCAGUAAGUAAUCCUUAUUUUCAUUUAUUGUCCGAUGUUGGUCAUUCUAGAUGACAAAAUGGGUCGCUGACAUUCGCUGCCCCUGGUUCCGAAUAUUUAUGGGUGUUCCUCUAGUUCUUUCCAAAGUAUUUCCAGGUUGUUGAAGGUUUUGUCAACCUUUUGAUUUCCAUGCAAUUUGCUUGGGGUUCUUGCAUUCUUUUGCAUUUUGCUGAAAUUAUACUUUUUGACUGGAUGGGCCCAAUAUAUGGUUGAAUAGAAGAAGUUAUAACCUGAUUGCAUACGGAUUGUGGAAGUCCAAUGUUCUCUAUGUCAAUUCACUGAAUUUUGUUUGGAUCACCAAUGAGGUUCAACCAUCUGGUUUGAUGGAAUUGUGAGAAGAUGGAAACUUUUUUUUAAGCAUGCUUGGACCAUAAGAGUUGAGUUCACAGUGUUGAUUGAUUCAACUUACUCCCUGGUCUGUUGUUAAAUCAUUGGAUGAUUCCAUUCAUUUAGAAGUAAGAAAAAGUUGCCACUGUUUUGAUCUUUUGUUAACCAUAUGUCAGAAAGAGUUUUGGUUAAGGUACAGAGUUAGCUUGAAUGUUAAAACUUAGUUGUAAAUGUAAUUUGAAGAUUGAAUUAUAUUCAAUUUAAGCGAUGGUCAACUUUCAUAUUGAGUUA